AUGUCUGGGGCCCGAGUGACAGAAGUUGGAUCCAGAGGGCCGUUGGCUCCCAGUCAGAGCUACAGCACCUGGAACAGGAAGAAACUCAGAACAGAAAUGGCUCAAGACAGAAGCCGAUCUCUUUCCCUGGUCCACACUGGACUGCUGAUAGCAGUGGUCCUGCUACCAGACUUUCUGGGGGCGGUGCCAGUAGAUCAGCAUAAGGAGGACGUAUCUGCAGUGUCAAGCGAUGCAGAGAGCGGAGAUCAGAAGCUGGUGCGCAACAGAAGAAACCUUGCUUUCAUGGCCCUGCCGCAGUUCCAGCGUGUCCCUGACUUCUGGGCAUGGUACAAGCUCUUCACUGAGACUCACAACCAGGAAGGAGUCGAGGACCUGGACCGCCUCUACCUGACCUGGCUGCAGAACAAGCACCGCUCCGAGGAAGGUCCGGCCUUCAACCACUACCUCAACCACCUCAGCGAGAUCUACAAGACCUGCGCCAACUCCGACGACCCCGAGUGCAUCGCAGAGCACACCAGCAAGCCCAAGGCCGCCAUGGUGAUGCCCGCCCAGUUCAGGGCGGGCGCCGUGCACACGUGCAACCCGUACACCGACCCCUACUGCAUGUUCCCCAUGCUCGCCAAGGGAGCGCCCGUGGAGGCCGCGCCCGCCCCGGCCCCGGUCAAGCUCCCCGUCCCCAUCUUCAGCCCCAUGCUGCCCUCCCCCAUGAAGACCCCCACGGGCUACUACUACUACGCCCCCGUGCUGGAGCCCUUCCUCAGCCACGAGCAGAGGGUGGAGCUCAUGAGGAUCUGCAAGCCCGAGGAUGUGGAGUGCCUGCAGUACCACCUGAGAGCGGCCUACGGCUACCGCCCCGUCGCCGGCCCCGCGCCCUCCUACUCCGCCCUCAACUGCAACCCCAAGGACCCCUACUGCAAGCCCGUGCUGGUGCAGAAGUCGCCCACCGGCUUCUACCACAUGCUCUACCCUGGCUGCGACCCGGCCGUCGACCCCCUGUGCGCGUCCGAGGCCGGCCCCGCCCCGCUGUCCGCCGACGGGGCCCCCAAGGAGCAGCACUGCAACCCGCUGUUCGACGGCGGCUGCAACCCCCUUACCGCCACCAAGCUGUCGGGCCUCACCAAGCCCGUGCUGGAGUACCUCCAGAAGGAUGGGCCCGCCGCCCCCGCCGCCGCCGCGUCCGUCCCCGCCCCUCUGACCUGCGACCCCCGCACCAACCCCUUCUGCAUCCUGGCCGCGGCGCACUACCUGCGGAGGCCCCAGCCGCAGCUGCCUGAGCACCAGGUCCGCUACAGGCUCGGGGUCCACGGCAAGACCAGGGACGGCCACGACUGCUACGUGCACUAUGAUAAGGACUGCAUCGCCGUGGGAGACCAGCCCAAGGCCCCGGCCGCCGUCAAGGCCCCGGCCACGCCCUACUGCCACCCCUUCGACCCCAGCUGCGGGAAGUUCGCCUCGCCCGCUGCCGCCGUAGCGGCGCCCGCCAAGGCAGCCGGCCCCGACGACAUCAUCCUGCCCCACCCCGACUGCGAUCCUGAGGUCGAUUACAACUGCCGCCUGCGACAGUAUAGCACCAAGCCUAGCGGGGAGCUAAUGAGAACAGUAUAG